CUCCACCUUCGAACCGAACGAAGAAGGCGAAUUCAUCCUGAGGGUGUUCUCUGAGAAGGCCAAUGAAAUGGAAGAAAACGACGAAAAAGUCGGACUUGGCGAAGUUGACGAAAGGGUACAGCCGGAGGACGAAAUCCAGGCAGCCGAAGCCGACGACAGGAUCCGCAGUUUCUUCCAAAAAGUGGCCGGCGAAGAUUUGGAAAUCGACUGGAAAGAACUACAGGACGUAAUGAACUUUGCGUUGAAGAGAGAGUUCAAUUUCGAGGGCUUUUCCAAGGACGUCUGUCGUGCAAUGAUUGCAAUGAUGGACGUUGACAGGUCAGGAAAACUGGGAUUGCACGAGUUCCUACAGCUGUGGACUGAUAUUCGCGUCUGGAAGAACGUCUUUCGCCUCUACGACAAGGAUUCCUCUGGCCACCUCUGUUCCUUCGAGCUGCGCCAGGCCCUCAACUCUGCAGGUUAUAGGCUGAACAACCACGUGUGCAACGCCCUCAUGUUGCGCUACGGGGACGACCAGGGCCAGAUUUCCUUCGACGACUUCAUCAUGUGCAGCGUCAAGUUGAAGACCAUGAUGGAAACGUUUUUGGAAAAGGAUAUGGAGAAGACAAACACCGCGACGUUUACGCUCGAGGAGUGGAUUGAAAAUACGAUGUAUUCGUAGAUAGCGAAAGGAGACGGAGAGAAGAGGA